GCAUUAUUCUGUGGAAAUAUAUUCGACGGGAAAGGGUGUUUAUUCACAUGGAUAAGAAUCUCUGUUCCAUCGGCUUUCCGUCUUCCUGAUGCGCUUUCAUCCUAAUUGGAAACAUGAACUGAAAGUGCGUGGAAGUCCUCCGGAGCCGAGGUCACCCUCGCCGAAGCGGGUUGUUUUUAGCAACACAGCGUCCAGCCCAAAUCAUGCUCCGUUAAACUUCUGUGGUCUACCUUAGUAACUAUCGGCAAACAAGGACACACGGAAAGUUUGGAGAGAAUGACGAGUCCCCGGGUGAAGCAUGAGCUACCGGAGUAUUGCUUUUAGACGGGCAUAUCUGAUGUGUCUAUGGAGGUGUGUAGCAGUAAGCCUCUUGUGCUGGGCUGCAGCCUCCUCUGCAGCAGGUGCUGGCGAUGCCGCUGGGCCCUUUGGGUGGCUCCUUUCAGAUAAAGGGCCCUUUCAGCACUCCCAGGAAUUUGCCGAAUUUGCCGAGCGCUACCAACAGGGCUUCAACACAAAGUACAAGAUAUACAGGGAGUUUGGGCGUUGGAAGGUGAGCAGCAUUGCGCUGGAGCGACAGGAGAACAAUGGCGUCACGCUGCCCCUGGACCCCGAGUUCAUGCAGACCAUCAGGCACCUGGGCCGCCGGCCAACCGUCGCCGCCAUCACCGAGCUUGUCAUCAGGAAGUUCGGCACGCACUUCCUGCUGUCCGCCACACUGGGAGGAGAGGAGGCCCUGACCAUCUUCGUGGACAAGCGUAAGCUGAGCCGGGCGGCUGAUCCCAGCGACUCCAACCACACGGCCGUCACCUUGGAGACGCUCCACCAGCUGGCCGCCUCCUACUUCAUCGACAGAGAGAGCACGCUGCGCAAGCUGCACCACCUCCAGAUCGCCUCCACUGCCAUCAAGGUGACCGAAACAAGGACAGGCCCUCUUGGAUGCAGUAACUAUGACAACCUUGAUUCAGUCAGUUCAGUCCUGGUCCAGAGCCCUGAAAACAAGAUUCAUUUGCAAGGUCUGCAGGCCAUCCUGCCAGACUACUUGAGGACGCGUUUUGUGGAGGCUGCCCUCAGCUACAUUGGGUGCCACUCCGAGGGAGAGUUUGUGUGCAGGGAUAAUGACUGCUGGUGCCGCUGCGCUCCCGAAUUCCCACAGUGCAACUGUCCAGAGGCGGACCUGAAAGCCAUGGAGGACAGCCUGCGACAGAUCAGAGAGUCCUGGAAACAGGCCAAUCAGGAGUUUGAGGAAUCAGAUGAGUUCCAGAACUUUGUGCGAAGACUGCCAACAUUCUACGCCUUAAACACAUCGGCCAUCCAGUACUUCUGGAAGAUGGACCCCGGUGUGCACCAACGCUACCAGCAGCUGGAGCUCAGCGCUGGACAGCUUCUCAGCAAAGCCCGGCGGAUCGUCAGCAGGCUUUUCACACUGAGCAAGCGAUGCCGCACGCAGCCCCGAGUUGCCAUGCUCAGAGAGAGGCCCUUUAUCUACUGGCAGAGCUACAUCCUCUCCCUCCUCUACUGCAGCGAGAACAACCAGAUCGGCUCCUACCUGGAGGAGUCGCGCGCCUGCUCGUGCCCGUACGAGCACCCCUCGUGCCAGGCCGUGAUCCCCUGCACGGUGGGCGAGGGCCCCUUCUGCUCGGCCUGCUCCUACGACAACCGCUCGCGCUGCUCCGCCUGCAACCCGGGCUACACGCUGAGCCAGGGCGCCUGCCGCAGCACCGUGCCCGACUCCACCGACAACUACAUCGGCUUCGAGACGGACCUGCAGGACACGGAGAUGCGCUACCUGCUGCAGAAGCGGGACGCCCGCAUCACGGUGCACGCCAUGUUCAUCAGCAAUGACGUGCGCCUCAACAACUGGUUCGACCCCUCAUGGCGGAAGAGGAUGCUGCUGACGCUCAAGAGCAACAAGCUCAAGUCCAGCCACGUGCACAUGCUCCUGGGAAUGUCCCUCCAGAUCUGCCUUACUAAAAACACUACCCUGGAGCCCACGCUGUCCGUCUACAUCAACCCCUUCGGGGGCAGCCACUCGGAGAGCUGGGUCAUGCCCAUUGACCAGAGCAAUUAUCCAGACUGGGAAAGGACCAAGCUUGAGUCGCCGCUAGACUGUUACAACUGGACGUUGACCCUGGGCAACAAGUGGAAAACCUUUUUCGAGACGGUCCACUUUUACCUGCGCAGCCGCGUCAAGGUGCCCUCGGGCCACGGCAACGCCUCGGUCUACUACGAGCCCCUGGAGGUGCUGGACUCCUCGCGUAACCUGGGCUACAUGAAGAUCAACAGCAUGCAGGUGUUUGGCUACAGCAUGCACUUUGACCCCGAGGCCAUCCAGGACCUCAUCCUGCAGCUGGACUACCCGUACACUCAGGGCUCGCAGGACUCGGCCCUGCUGCAGCUGCUGGAGAUCCGGGACCGGGUCAACCGGCUCUCGCCGCCGGGCCAGCAGCGCCUGGACCUCUUCUCCUGCCUGCUGCGCCACCGCCUCAAGCUCUCCACCACGGAUGUGGUGCGGAUCCAGGCGGCUCUGCAGGCCUUCAGUGCCAAACAACCAAACUCGAUGGAAUACGAAACAACCAAAUUAUGUAGUUAAUAAUAACGAAGCAAGG